AUGAGCUCCUACUUCGUCAACCCCCUGUUCUCCAAAUACAAAGGCGGCGAGUCCCUGGAACCGGCCUAUUACGACUGCCGGUUCCCUCAGAGCGUGGGCAGGAGCCAUGCGCUGGUGUACGGGCCCGGCGGCUCGGCGCCCGGCUUCCAGCACGCCUCGCACCACGUCCAAGAUUUCUUCCACCACGGCACCUCGGGCAUCUCCAACUCGGGCUACCAGCAGAACCCGUGCUCGCUGAGCUGCCACGGAGACGCCUCCAAAUUCUAUGGCUACGAGGCGCUCCCCAGACAGUCCCUUUAUGGGGCUCAGCAAGAGGCGAGCGUGGUGCAAUAUCCCGACUGUAAAUCCUCCGCCAACACUAACAGUAGCGAAGGACAAGGCCACUUAAAUCAAAACUCGUCUCCCAGCCUCAUGUUUCCAUGGAUGAGACCCCACGCUCCGGGGCGGCGCAGCGGAAGGCAAACUUACAGCCGGUAUCAGACCUUGGAACUAGAAAAGGAGUUUCUCUUUAAUCCUUAUUUGACACGAAAGCGCCGGAUUGAAGUCUCUCAUGCUCUGGGACUGACUGAGAGACAAGUGAAGAUCUGGUUCCAGAACCGAAGGAUGAAGUGGAAAAAGGAGAACAACAAGGAUAAACUGCCUGGAGCCCGAGAUGAAGAGAAGGUAGAGGAAGAAGGAAACGAGGAAGAAGAGAAAGAAGAGGAGGAAAAGGAAGAAAACAAGGACUAAGCAAAAAAAGAGAGGACCCCCCCCCCUUAGCAACUCCCUUGAAGUUUCGUUUUAUGGUAGCGGAUAAAUUGAGAAGUUUACGACUGUCAUUUGCUUUUAUAGAGAAUAGAAUGACACUCACAACUCUAACUACCUGUCAGAUACUUGCAGCUCUGGUUUUAUUACCUUUGGACUUCCCCCGAUCUUUAUUUGUUUGGGGGCUGGAGGGGGGGAGACCGAGACACAGCGAAAAGUUCGGACUCCGUCUCAGUAGCCCCAACACACACACACUUGUCCCUACCCCCACCCUUCAGAGUCCUGCCUGGAUUUUGAGGUCUGAGACCUGGCCUCCUUGCCCCUCUCUCACCCCUUCUUGGCCUCUCCCCACCUCCCUGCUUCUCUGGUAUUUAUUUUAGAGGGGAGCCCUCUCAAAAUGCAGAAGACUUGUGGCUUUGUUUUUAUGCUAGGGUUAGUGUCUUAGAUUUACUUUUUAUUUUCUCCAAAGGAAAGAAAUGGGAAGGAAGGGAAG